AUGGAUGAUGACGCCCUCCCGGGUCUUGCGACGUCUAGACGCCGCCGACCCGCCUUGUCCUGUACCAUCUGUCGUCGCCGCAAAUUGAAGUGUGACCGAUCCAUACCCUGCGAGCAGUGCAUCAAGUCCAAGUCUCCCGAGUCGUGCGUUUAUGUUGGUCCGCAGUCGGCAAGUAGCGCCCGCCAGAGCCAUCGGGAACAGUCCCAGAGCUCCACCGGUCGGGGGAGCCCUGUCCACGGUGGGCUCCACGUCUUUGAUUCAAAGCAUCUUCAGAACUCGUCCUUUCAUUUCUCGUCGUCCAGUCGAGUUACCAAACCCCAGAGACGCUCGGAUGAACUAUCCGAGUUGCGCAGUCGCGUGCAAGGGCUAGAACGCGCCCUCACCCAGGCAAACCCCAUUUCCACCCCCGAGACUACGGCAACCGAUACGUGGUCGGAUUCAGACGUGCGGCAAACGGCGUCGAACGCGCAGGAGCUGAGUGAUGCCGUAAGACACCUUCCGGGGCGGUCUUGCUUUCGAGGCAAGGCAUGUAAAACCCGGUUCGGUGGACGAUCCCAUUGGGCCGUGUCGCUGUCCCUAUUCAAAGACAUCGGCAUCUUUUUAAAAGGACAAAGCGGUGACUUCAAAAACCGCAAAGCAGAGCUUUGCAGUCUGAGCAAGUUCAAGAACGAACUCUGGUCCAGAGAAAAACAGGACCACCAGCGCACUUACCGGGAAAAGGCCUUUGCCCUUGGGGAGAUACUGCCGCCCCGACGGGUCGCCGACGAACUACUCAAUGUCUAUUUGGCUACCUUCGAGACGACGUACCGGAUUUUGCAUACCCCGAGCUUUGUUGAACAGUACGAGGCUUACUGGAAUGGUACGGGGACCACCGACAUGGUCUUCCUCGCGAAAUUGCUGGCGCUGAUGGCUGCUAGUAGUGGCUUUUUCGGCCCGGCCACCAGACUCAGCGAGGAGGAGACCCUGCACACGGCGGCCGCGGGGUGGAUUGUGGCCGUCGAUGCAUGGCUUGCUUCGACCUCGGUCAGUUCCUCCAUCGAGUUCAACAUGUUACAGAUCCAGUGCCUGCUUCUCAUUGCCCGCCAGGCUGGUGCGAAUGAUGGCGACCUGGUCUGGAUUGCGUCUGGUUCUGUGAUCCGUUCCGCGAUGACGAUGGGCUUGCACCGUAGUCCCUCGCGGUUCCCCAAGAUCGGGAAGUUUUGGGCGGAAAUGCGCCGCCGACUCUGGGCAACUAUACUGGAGCUGGAUCUCCAGUCGGCACUGGACGGAGGCAUGGUGACGCAAAUUGAUCUCGACGAAUACGAUUGCGAGCCACCUUCCAACUACGACGACGCAGAUUUGACGGAAAAGAUGACGGAGGACCCAAUCCCCCAAGGCUUGACCGUAGGGACUCGAAGUAGCUUUCAGGUCUUGCUGGCUCGAUCAUUGCCCCUCCGAGUUCGCAUCGCCAAACUAGUGAACAGACUUAAAUUCACCCUUUCGUACGACGACGCCCUUCGGAUGAGCGAACAAAUCCAGCAAUACUUGGAGCAGGCCGCUACUCUGCUAGAAGAGCGGUCCUUCGCGCGGAACUUUUAUGAUUUCCUCAUGCGUCGGUUUCUUCUGGUUCUUCAUAGGCCGUUCGCUUUGAGCAUUUUCUUGUCUCCUCAAUUCUCGUAUUCCCGCAAGGUUUGUCUCGAGAACUCCCUGGAGAUGCUCUCAUCGCUCAACCCCCCAGCGGUCACUCUGCCAGAAGCGCAGGCCUGUCCUCAUCUGGGGCAGUUGAGCGGGGCAAUGUUUCGGGAUGAGUUUUUCCACGCUGCCAUCACAAUUUGCGUGGAGCUGUCUCUCCAGGCAAAUGAGUUUGCCAAAUCGGGGCCAUCGCCCCCCUCGGGACCGCUCAACGCUUUGAAUGAUCUAUUUCGGUCACAACAAGAUGUUUUAGUUCGGGCGGUGGAGCAUACGAUCGAUACGUUCGGCAGUCGGAUGUCGUCUAAAGGGAAAGGUGGGAAACCGUUCUUCUUUCUUAGUAUGGGUUUGGCGUCGGUCAAGGCGCGGCUGGACGGGAAAGAAGACCCGUACAAGAGCGUCGAACAGGUUUCAGCAAGGGUCAUUCAGCAGUGCAACCAGAUACUGAACGGGGCGACUUGGGCUGAUGUCCGACGCGCCGAGAAUUGCGAAGUUCCACCGCUACCGACCCCCGGACUAUAUCCCGCGACGCCAGAGCUGUCCAUGGACCCGGCGUCGUGGCCGUCCACGGGCCUUUCACCAUUGGAUUUCGGGAAUAUCUUUGAUACGGGGGGGGACUACGGGCUUCCGGAAUUCUGGAACAGUGAUUUUUUCACGGGCUUCUAG